CCACAGUAGCAGAUGGCGGUAGAGUUUAGCAGUUCGUAUGAUGCUUUUGUAGGGAAUUGCGUUGCAUUGUCCGUCUAAUAUUGGCUUAGGAGGGCAAUCAUGGACUGCAAGGGAACUAGUUGGCUGAAAAAAGAGAAGAAUGAAGUAUAUGCUGAACCAGGCUCCUUGGUACAGUUACAAACAUCGAUCAUGAAAGUAAAAGAAGAAUGGGAUGAGCAAGUGGACCAACAGAAACUCUUACAACUGGAGUCUGGUUUCCGUGAAAGUUGCAAACAAACUUUUGCUUCCUGUCUAUUUAUUCUGCUGCUGUCCAAAUUCCAAAGAGUGCAGUCAACUCCACAUUCUCAAAAGCAUUUUAGUAAAUCUGCAAAAGGUGUAAACACAAUUUUGUCUUUCUUCAACUCGUCUUCUAAGUGUCUUGAAGAUAACUUGGGAACCUCUUGGCCAAAUGAUUUUAUCAAGGAGGAUCCUGAACUAAAUUUGGAGGUGGGUGAAACUGAGAAUACUGUGGCAGCUUCAUUAAGAAAUGCAUCUGAUAGUUUAAGUUUAAUUCAAAGUGCUGGUGACAGCUGUGACAUUUCAUAUCAAGAAACAUUACAUCAAGGAGUAGUCGAUGACAAGCUGGAGAUAGAUGCAGAGAAGUCAACAGAUUUCAGCAUGUCUUAUAACUAUACCAAAAUACGGACUUCACAAGAAGACAGCUUAUGUGGCACGAGAUUAAGUUGCAGCAUCAGGGAAAAGGAAUUCCAUAAGUUUAUCUGUAGUUUCUGCCUACAGAGCUUCCCUUCAAAAUACAGACUCAUAAUGCAUAUCUUCAUCCACAUUGAUGGUGUGCAGGCACCUGCAUAUGUGUGUAAGUCAUGUGGUGAGGUAUUUCCCACUGAUGACUGCCUGAAAGAACAUUUGAGAAUGAGUGAGGGUAACCAAGCAUUAUCUGCUGCCAACAGUGAGAAACUAGAAUGCAGUGAUGACCAUGAAAACAAUAUCUCCUUGGAGUGUGUAAGAGAAGGAAUCGUGGAACUGACGGAGAAGCAAUCUUCAUCAAAGGAAACCCGGAAAACUUUAAAGAAAUGCUUUAAUGACAUACAUAAUACAGGUAAUGUUACACAAGUUGCAGAGAAACUCGAAAGAUGUCAAGACUGUGGAAUUUUAUGUGAAAGUGAUAAUGCUUAUGUCCACACUGCGCUAAGUGCAAAGAGAAAUCAUAAAUGUGAUGUUUGUGGUAAAUUGUUUACUCUGUUACGUAAUCUUAAGAGACAUAGCAUAAUACACACAGAAAAGAGACCCCACAAAUGCGAUGUUUGUGGAAAAUCGUUUACUCAGUCGGGCAAUCUCAUGCGGCACGUAUUAAUACACACGGGUAAGACACCCUACAAAUGUACUAUUUGUAGAAAAUCGUUUACUCAGUCCGGCAAUCUCAAGUUACAUGAAUUAAUACACAAAGGAAAGAGACCACACGAAUGUGAUGUUUGUGGAAAAUCGUUUACUCUGUCGGGCAAUCUCAAGAACCACAAGUUAAUACACACUGGAAAGAGACCCCACGAAUGCGGUGUUUGUGGAAAAUCGUUUACUCAGUCUGGAAAUCUCAGGGAACACGAAUUAAUACACACAGGAAAGAGACCCCACGAAUGUGAUGUUUGUGGAAUAUCGUUUACUAAGUCGAGCCAUAUGAAGAGGCAUAUUUUAAUACACACUGGUACGAGACCCUACAGAUGUACUGUUUGUGGAAAAUCUUUUACUCAGUCUGGCAAUCUGAAGGUACACGAAUUAAUACAUACUGGAAAGAGACCUUACAAAUGUAGUGUUAAAGGUAAAUCGUUUCCUUAAUGGAGCAGUCUCAAGGCACAAUAAUAAACACUGAACAGAGACCACACAUAUGCAAUGUUUGUGGCAAGUCGUUUUCAUAACUGGGUCAUCUGAAGGCACAAAUUAAUACACGCAGGAAUGAUCCCCUACAAAUGUGAUACUUGCUGCAAAUAUUUCUCACUCUGUUAAUCUCAAGAAACAAUUAGCACACACCGGUGAUUGACCGUACAAAUGUGGUAUUUGUGGAAAAUUGUUUAUCACUCGAGUAGCCUCAGGGUACAGCAAUCACUAUACACUGACAAAAGGUUACACAGAUGUGUUAUUUAUAGGAAAUGUUUUACUCCGGUCUAUCAUCUUAAGAAGCAUGCAAUAAUACAUGGAGACCACUGAAAGUACUGUUGUGAUCAGUACAUGUACACAUGUUUAAAGAAGACUAGAAGUGUGUUAUGAAUAUUGUUCACAUGUGCUACAGAGGGGUCACAAAAAAUAUGACAAAUCCAUUUUUCGCAGCUUCACAUUGGAAGAAGUUGCAUGCAAAAUACAACUUAUGAAGUACAGAAUUGCAAUUUUUUAUAAUAAAUGCUCCAUGCUCUAAUGAUCUGGCUACCACAAAUUGAUGCAUUGAGAGAUCUUUUACUCAUAUGAGUAGAAGUUCCAUGCAGUGAGCAGGACCCCAUAUUCAACAGAAUGUACCAGUAUGUUGCUAAAUAUUUCAAAGAAACUGCCAUUUCAAUGUUCAUGAAGGUGUAUGCACUACCCAGGCAACAACAGGAAUAUUUUUAUUACAUAUCGAUCACUCAGGCUAUUCAUCUCAACAAUGGAGAAAUAUGAAAAAUGUAAUGAUUAUGCAAACAUGUUGCUGAGGUAUGCC